AUUCAACGGUAGACGGGUCACUGUAAUUUCCCAUCGAGUCUUUAGCUGCAGCGUGAUCGAGGACUUUAACACUGUCUGCUUGGGCUUUAUAAACUCCAGAUUGUCUGAAGUUGAAGCAUUGCCUUUACGUUGACAAAACCAGUUUUUGUAAACAGUACAUUCAACGAUCGCAGUGAGGAAUAUUGAGCUUAGAUUAUUUGAAUAAGUCAGUGGAGAGCGCUUGUAGCUAAACACUGGAUCUGGAUUUUUUUCACUCGGAAGCUUCUCGUACAUACAACUUGAACCCAACAAUGAUGUGUUAAUUUGGAGCCUACAAACCGGUUCCCUCGAGUUGCAUCUUAAAUUCCUACUCAAUACUUUCCAGAAGCAAGAAUUUUAAACGUUAGCAUGCAAGGCUGUCAGCAUUUACGCGGUCCCCGUUGUUAAUUUCCGUAAUCCGUACUGAAUUACGCCGAUCUGACGUAAAAAGUUCAACAUUCCCCCUCUCUCUCUCUCUCUCCAGAGCCUCUUCAGAGCUACUGUACUUGAGCUAUUGGACAUCUCUUGGCUACUACAAGAUCAUUAUUUAUUAGAGAUAACUGGAAGACCGCUGACAAGAUGACAAGUUUGAUGCAAGUUCAGUCUUUAGGAUAUGCCAUGCUGGUUACAUGGCUCUUGAUAUCUCUCCAACUGUGUGCUGGGCCGUGCAGUGUGGAUGCAUACCUUCACCGCUAUGGACGUCAUGUUUGUAGCUCGAGUUCAUCCAACGAUGCAACUAGUGGUGUCAGAAUGGAGUCAUAUUGCCAGCCGUACUUCAAACCAUUCUUCACAAGAUGUCAGCCUCAGGGCUACCUCUGCACCAAAUACUCAACUCUUUACCGCAUGGCUUACCGAACAAGAAAUGUGGUUCAAGAAAAUGCAGGCCCUGCCUACACAUGCUGCCCAGGGUGGAGGCAACAUAACCAACAAGCAACAUCUUGCAAUGAACCCGUCUGCACUAUAGAUUGCCGUAACAAUGGACGUUGUGUAGCACCAGAGUCAUGCGCCUGCCCAAGUGGUUACAGUGGUCAAUAUUGCCAAAAAGUUAGUUGUUCAGUGGAAUGCGCUAAUGAUGGAUACUGCCGAACACCAGAUACAUGUACAUGUUCGGGAGGAUGGCAGGGAGAUACAUGCGAAGAACCCUUAUGUCUUCGUCCGUGUGAGAAUGGAGGUAGAUGUGUGUCUCCAGACUCCUGUGCUUGCCCCAAUGGAUGGUCCGGACAGUAUUGUCAAGAUGAUGUGAAUGAAUGUCAGACGGAUGCUCAUGGAUGCCAUCAUCGUUGUAAGAACGCUGAGGGUUCUUAUACAUGCUCAUGCCAUCCGGGAUUUACUCUCGAUGCGGAUGGAUUAUCCUGCUCAAUUUGUCUGGCCUGCAGUCCUGAGUACGUCGCACUCCAAGAUAAAGUCAAUCGAAUUGAACAGGCAUUACAUGCAGGGAUUCCUUACCAUGAAAGGGUUCUUAGAAACACUGACAUGGGAGUGAUGCAGGCUAAGAAUGUGAGCCAACCGUCUCAAGCAGAUCAAGGUAGUCUUCCACUCAAUGAUAUGCAGUUAUCACAGCUUGAGCUCAUCACAUCACUCAGUGAACAGAUAUCAAUGCUUGAAGAGAGACUAGAUGACUGUACUUGUAAGGAUUACCGGAGUGGUCUAAGACAGAUCCCAAGACGAAGAAUAAACAGAGAGAGAAGAUCAGAUGAAGGACGAAGGAAACAAUCAGAGAAUACAAAUAUCUAAUGGAAUCAUUUGUUGUUUCUUUUAUUUCUGUUUUCAUUUCUUUCAAAGCUGUUGCACACAGGGUCUAAACCUUUAUCAUUUUAUCAACUGGCCUUAUAAGUUUUUGAGAUGAAAUGAAUGAUUGUUUGUUUGCAAACAUUAAAGGACUCUUGUACAAUAAGCCAAUACAAUAAGCCAAUUUGUGACUUAAGAAGUCAAGGUACCAAACGUUAUUCAAAGUCUGAUUCGCAAGUGGGGUUUAAGACGAGUUCAGGCUGGUGCUCUGGUAAAUUGUAUCACAGGAACCAAACAUAGCCUUAAUAUCGUAAUAACCAAUUAACAGGUAUGUGCAUUGGACAAUUUCAUAUUGCCUUGACUAAUUCUAAUUGGUCAAUAAAUGAAGAUUUGAAUAUCAACUUCUUAUUGGUUAAAUCAUGGAGGUAGAAAUCACUGAUAUUUAUUUGGGUUUCUAUUCUUUAUUGCAAAAAUGCGCUCCAAAUGUGAACUUGUUUUAGGUAAACAAAUAUUAGAUUUCAAAUUUAUUUCAUUGACAGUCUUCUAUCUAACAGGAGGACAUACAAAAACAAAAAUAUGUAAAUAUAGUAUACACUUAAUUAACCAACACAUUUUUGUUAAAUGUUUUUCAAAAUUGUGUGCACUGUAGGACUGCAUAGAUAGAAAUAAGCAACUGCCAACAGUUUUUUCAAAUUCUAUUUUCUAGGCUUUGGAAGUAAGCAGAUGGAAAACUUUCUCUUGUGGAUUGGUACUGUUUGAGUCAAAUUUCAGAUUGGUUAUGUUGGGUUUUUUCCUCAAUUUUCAAUCCGUACUUUGUCAGUAAAAGUUUUUACUGAAAUGUGAAAGAGUUCAACCGGUAAGAGGACAGUAUUAUGUGGAAGGAAUGUACUGUACAUAAAUGGGUUACUAUGCAAUUUUGAAUGUAAAUAAAAUGUGUUUUUUAAGUUUUAUGGCCAGGAACUGAUUUCAUAGAGUUGCUUAAGCAGAAAAUAUUGCUAAAAUCUUUUCUUCUUAGCAAGUAUAGCAGGAUACCAGUCACAGACUAUACAAUAUUGGCUGGUAACCUUAUUCUGGAAAGCAUAAUUUAUUGUGUUGUGCUUAAUAAUACUACCAGGUUUACUAUUUGAUGGCCAAUUUCAAAACUUUGUACAAAAGGAUUUUAAAGCUUCAAAGUUUAUUUGAAUGUUGGGGCUCUACCUAAGUGGUUGAAGAGCGUUGUAUAAAGGGAUCACUUAAUUAGUAACUUGUACAAAUAAUUUUGAACUAAUAAUAAUAAAUAAUAAUUUUUGUUAAAAAAACUAGUUUAGUUUAAAAGUUUUGGUUGAAUGUGUUUGCCUGAUUAAGGGAGUCGCCAAAGCACAGAAGCAAGGUUUAAGGGAGUCACCAAAGCACAGAAGCAAGGUUUAAGGGAGUCACCAAAGCACAGAAGCAAGGUUUAAGGGAGUCACCAGAGCACAGAAGCAAGGUUUAAGGGAGUCACCAAAGCACAGAAGCAAGGUUUAAGGGAGUCACCAAAGCACAGAAGCAAGGUUUAAGGGAGUCACCAAAGCACAGAAGCAAGGUUUUAAAUUAUUUAAGUCUAACAUUGAUACGUAAGUAUUUUUCAGAUGAUAUUAUGUAAGUAUGGGGAAAGGAAGGAUUUGUGUUCAUUGUUUAUAAAUUGUGAAUGGAUUGGUGAAUUCACCAUGGGGGAAAAUGCAUUUCUUUUAUUCAAUAAUUGUGAAAGUUAAAAGAUAUUUAGUUGUCGUGAAAGGCAAAGUGUUACUUUGGUUUUAGGAAUUGUUUGAUUGAUUUAAUCCUAGAUAAAUGUAGAUAAUGUACAAUAAAACUAACCUGUGAAAAUUUCAUAUCAAAAGGUGGUAGUGUUUUUGAGAUAUCGCAAACAAAUUCAGCUGGAAGAAUAAUCUGAAAUUGGAACACAGUCUGAGAGAAGUUUUGUUUUUUCAUCUUAAAAUGUUUUUGGAUCCCUCUUUGUAAAGGCAGUGGACACUAUUGGUAAUUACU